CGGACGAGCGCUUUUUGAACGAGACCGGGCUCACAAGGAGACAUUGCCUAGUGUCCCUCGAAUUUUUUAAUCAAAUUUUUUCAUAUGUAAAGAAGAGUAUGCAGAACAAUCUCUGCAAGUGAGAAGGCGCGACUGUCUUUCAUUUUCCAGAAAUAAAUUUUUAAAAAUAGCUAAAUUUCGAUUGACGAGUGUCGACGAUACAAGAGUCGGAGGUAUGAUAGAAGCAGCGUGGCCCCAUUCGUUCGCCUACCUUCGCAGGGAUCGGACGUGUUACCUGUGCGCUCCGCUACCGAUCCGUGAAGUGCUGCUAACGAUGACAGCCUACGUGAUUUUUGUGACACGCUAGUGAAUCUUCGUCGAUUUGUAUAAAUUACAGUGCUUUAAUAAUAAUUAACCAAACACAAACUAUUGAGACGGUGUUCAAAGAAUUAGGAUUCUUUGAGGUUCAAAGAAUAGAAUCCCUUACAAGUGUAGCACAACAAGGCGUAGCUAAAAUCGUGGACAAAGUGAAAAGUGCUUACCUAGGUCAUUAUCACGACGGACAAAAACGUUAUAGAAAUAGACGACAUCAUUCUCUCGUCUCUCACGAGAGAUUAUAUCAAGGGCAAAUCAAAUGUGAAGAGGCUAAACCCCGCGCCAAGGUUGUCCACGCGCAAGGUUCCGGCGUUGCCGGAAACCGCCAAAAUGAAGGCGAAGACGAAAGAAAAAGUACCAAGCGAUGACAAGCCGUCGUACGAUGAAUUGCUAAAAAUGAUUAGCAAUUUAAAUAACACCAUCAGCGAGCCCUCCAAGCAGCUCGCUGAAGAAAGAAAAAUCAGGGAGGCGAAGGAAGCAGCCGAAUGGAGGCUACAGCAGACAAAGGCGCCCCUGGGAAAACCAGCGACGUCACCCAGCGUGCUCGAGGACGUCGCCAUGUUGGACACGACGGCUGAGGACAACAGCGACUGGAACAAAGUCGCAACAAAGAGGAAGAGCGUCCAAACCAACACCACUGGAAACAAAGGCAAAAGGAUCGCCACCCCUUCGACCAGCCAGCAGGUAGAACCCAUUGCCCAGCCGACUCUACCGAAGAAGAAGCCGAGGUUCACCGACGAGACUCAUCCCGGAAUGCGUUGAAGUGCAAGUUCUGCUCAUCAGUGUCCAACUCAGCGACCACAGGCGGAAGAAUCAAUAGAUUAACUGCACCAGACGGUGUAGCCAGCUCUGCUCAACAGAAACUCUCUCUUCGCCUUCCUGCCAACUCAAUCAUCUACUAAUCAUCUCGUUUUUGACAGGUAGCUCAUAAGUCAUAUCAAUAACACCUUGACUCUCACUGAUUGUAACGAAUUGACGAGAAUAAAGUUUUAUAUUUCAACCAAAACCGAGAGCAUUCACUUCUGCAGUCCGCGCGAACCUAACACCCGUUCGCGAAUAGAUACCUUAAUCCUAAAAUUAAAAACCUUCGGAGGCACAAGAACCGUCUGCUCACAUGCCUAAACAACCUAUCAAGAAUCCAAAACUACACCGCAGCAAACGACCCACUUAUACAAGCACUCAAAGAGGCUCUAAAAACAAUUAGAUAUGAAAUUAAAAAAGCUU